AUGUUCAAUUUCUUUGCAUCUGCUACAGUUCUCCUUACUUAUGCCCUCGUUGCAUCGGCAGUUCCUCAGCUUCCUCCCAUUGUUAUCCCAACUGUGCCAUCUCCACCGGGUUUUAACAUUACCAGCUUCGGUGUUAAUGGCUCUGGGUGCCCCCCAGGAUCCACAUACUACGUGGUGAAUCCGGACAGGACUGCCGUUACCGUCACUUUCAGUCAGUAUUUCGCUCAGUCGGGACCCGGAAUCCCGAUUAGCCAGAACCGCAAGAACUGCCAGUUGACCCUCGGAGUCUUCGUUCCUCCUGGCUUUACUUUCGGCAUUGCCACCGUUGACUACCGUGGCUAUUACCAGCUUGAUGAGGCCGUCACAGCUUCUCAGCAGUCGAUCUACUAUUUCCAGGGAGACCUCCAACAAGCGACGGCACGCUCCGACCUCGUUGGACCCGUUUUCGGCGACGAUUACACGUAUCGUGACACCUUCGACCUGGUUUCCACCGUCCAGGCGCCGUGCGGAGUUCCUUCCGUCUUGAACAUCCAGAGCGACAUUCGGACCAGCAACCAGAGGAACACCAAAGGCAGCGGUUACAUCGCCACGGACUCGGUUGACACCCACCUCAACACGACAUUCAACUUCCAAUGGCAAGUGUGCAAGUAA